UCACUCACCCCGACGCUGCCUGCGACCCAGUUCCGCCCUCCCCCGUCCACCGGAGUAGCGGCUUCAGCCCUGCUGGCGCUUCUGCUCACCCGGCUUCCCCUCGCUGGGCAUGUGCAGUGGCCAAAGCCAUCUCAUCUCCAGACCUGGACCUUCAGCUUCCUGUCUCCAACUUAACCGCCACAUCAAGGGGAGUUCUGAAAGUGGCAUCUGGAUGAAAAGGCAGCCUCUUGGGCACUCCAGCAGCUGGUGUCUAAUGAAACUUUCAAGUCACUGUGCUGGGCGCUGUGCAGGAGACAGAGGUGCCCAAGAGAUGGGCCCAGCUCUCACGGACCUUUCAGUGAAGCAUGGAAAAUAGGAGUCGUGCCCCAAUCACCAAAGGGAGAAACCCACAAGGAAGGCUUCCAGAAGGAGAACUCUGAGCUCUAGUGAAAGGCAUCAGAAAUUAGUAGAUGUAAACUAUUGCAAACAAGUGCAUGUCGAGGCACUACAAAGGCUGCAGAAUCAAAUCAGGGACCAAAUGGUGCAGAAUGAGAAUGAUGACCGGGCUGAGCGCAAAAGGUUCCUCCGAUUAUUACAGAAUGAACAAUUUGAGUUGGAUAUGGAAGAGGCCAUUCAAAAGGCAGAAGAAAACAAAAGAUUGAGGGAGCUCCAGCUUGAACAAGAAGAAAAAUUAGCUAUGGAAUUGGCAAAACUUAAACAUGAAAGUCUAAAGGAUGAAAAGAUGAGGCAACAAGUAAGAGAAAACAGUAUUGAGCUCAGAGAAUUGGAGAAGAAAUUAAAAGCAGCUUACAUGAGUAAAGAAAGAGCAGCUCAGAUUGCUGAAAAGGAUGCCAUCAAAUAUGAGCAAAUGAAACGUGAUGCUGAAAUUGCCAAAACUAUGAUGGAAGAACACGAGAGAUUAAUAAAGGAAGAGAAUGCUGUGGAGGAAAAACGAAACAAAGUAAAAGCACAGUACAAUCGUGACUUAGAGAAACAACUUGAAGAACAAGGAAAGAAGAAGCAGGAAGCUUAUGAGCAACUGCUGAAAGAGAAACUCAUGAUUGAUGAAAUUGUUAGGAAAAUCUAUGAAGAAGAUCAAUUGGAAAGACAACAAAAGUUAGAAAAAAUGAAUACAAUUCGAAGGUAUAUAGAAGACUUUAAGAAAGAGCAGGCUCUCUGGAGAAAAAAGAAACAUGAGGAAAUGGAAGAAGAAAACAGAAAAAUCAUAGAGUUUGCCAAGAUGCAGCAACAAAGAGAAGAAGAUCGGAUGGCAAAAGUUCAAGAAGGUGAAGAAAAAAGGCUACAGCUUCAGAAUAUGCUGACUCAGAGAUUGGAAGAAAUGCUGCGACAACGUGAAGAUUUAGAACAAGUGCAACAGGAAUUAUACCAGGAAGAACAAGCAGAAAUACAUAGGAAGAAACUAAAAGAAGAAGCAGAAGAGAAAUCGAGAAAGCAAAAGGAGUUGAAGCAAAAUUUUAUGGAACAAAUGGCCUUGAAGGAACUAGUACUUCAGGCUGCAAAAGAGGAAGAGGAGAUCUUUAGAAAAGCUAUGCUGGCGAAAUUUGCUGAGGAUGAUCGAAUAGAAUUAAUGAAUGCUCAGAAGCAAAGAAUGAAGCAACUAGAACACAAGAGGGCUGUGGAAAAACUUCUUGAAGAGCGUCGCAACCAGUUCCUUGCAGAAAAACAACGUGAACUGGAGGAAUGGCAGUUGCAGCAAAGAAGGCAAGGAUGUAUUAAUGAAAUUAUUGAAGAAGAAAGACUAAAACUUCUCAAAGAACAUGCUACAAAAUUACUAGGAUAUCUCCCUAAAGGAGUAUUCAAAAAAGAGGAUGAUAUUGAUAUGCUUGGUGAAGAGUUUAGAAAAGCAUAUCAGAAAAGGAGUGAAAUUUGUGAAGAGAAGUGAUAUCAUCGAAAUUUGGUAAACCUGGAUUCUUUUGUAUGUUACCACUAGAUGUCAGUGUAACUUCUGUUUUACAGUUCGGUGAGGGUAGGAAUCCAUUCUUUGUCUUUGGAUUUUCUAAAACAUCUGUAUUUCAUCAUUUAUAAACAAUUAUUUAUAAGAAAACAUUUGUUUUUGAUAAAAAUUAAAUUA